GCAAAAUCGAGAUAACCAAACUUUUGUGAAGUAACUCCACUCUUCUGUUUAAUGAAGUAAACACUUUGGAGUUUCUGAGGAAACAUCCAUGUAAUUUUGCUGCAGUACUGUCCAAUAUGCCUUAUAACACAAUUCAGAGCAGGGUGUAACACUCAGUGCUGUUGUUUUAUGAUAACUGGUUCAAUAUUUAGCAAAUAUGAUUGAAAACUGAGAUCACAACAGUGUGGUAGAUUACCAAUGGUUUAACAAGACAUCCAUAAUAUAUGGUUCUCUUUUGUGUCUGUUUCACUUUCAGUCUUCUGGGACAAGAUAAAGAUGUACUUUCAAAGUUCAUCCUCAUCUUCAUCCUCAUCCUCAUCCUCAUCCUCGCCCUGCGACAGACUGGCGACCUGUCCAAGGUGUCCCCCGCCUUCGCCCGAGUCAGCUGGGAUAGGCUCCAGCACCCACCGCGACCCUAGUGAGAAUGAAGCGGUGUAUAGAGGAUGCAUGGAUGGAUCCUCAUCCUCAUCCUCAUCCUCAUCUUCCUCCGAGGGGAGUACCACAUGGCAGCGUUUGGAAUUCACAACAGGCUACACGGUGGUGAAAGAACUGAGAGCUGGAGGCUUUGGAAGAGUGUUGGAAUGUGUGAAAAACAACACUGAAGAGCACGUGGCUAUAAAGGUGCCCAUACGGCACAAUCUAGACCAUGAGGCGGACAUCCUGAAAAAGCUCAUGAGCCACAACUCGAAGGAGUCCAACAUCAUUGAGUACAAAGGAGACUUCUUCAUAGACAAUAAGCGGCUCCUGGUGCUUGAAAAGUUGGACAUCGACCUGUGGGACUAUGUGGAGAGUUUACCACAGCCAAUGCGACUGGAAGACGUCCGCACAGUUAUUCAGCAGGUGGCUGUAGCUUUGAAUGCAGCAAAGAGUGCUGGCAUAAUCCACGGUGAUGUGAAGGAGGAUAACAUCAUGAUGGUGGAUCACGUGAAGCAGCCCUUCAGAGUCAAGCUCAUUGACUUUGGUAUGGCCAAGUACAGGUCGGAAGCCAAAGCAGGAGAGCUAUUCCAAGUACUUGAAUAUAGGUAUGAAAUACUGAUACUUUUUAAACAUUGAGAAAUCUUUCAUUCAGCGCUGUCUCCUUACUGUCUACUGUGUCACAUCUUCAUCUGAUGUUUUUUCCACAUUCAGAGCUCCAGAAAUCACCCUGGGCCUGCCGUAUUCAGAGGCCAUCGACGUUUGGUCCUUAGGCUGCGUGAUGGCCGGGAUGAUGACUGAAG